CCAGCCCUUCUCUUCUCCCUCCGUUGCUCGUUUGCUCCCCCUCUCUCUCCUUACUCUUCACCUCAAAGGGACACCAACGCUAGUAACACACCAGCAGGUUGGCGAAGCAGACUGUCAAGCGACAAGGACACGAGAGGGAAAAGCUAUUUUUAACCCCAGAUAUUAUCCAUCUGAAAUAACGGACACUGCACAACACGAUAUCCCUCCCUAUCGAACCUCAACUUCUUGCGCUUCAGAGGCCAGCUGACAGACAAGACAACUGACUGAUCGAAAAUAAUAAUAAUAAUAAUAAUAACGUUUGGAUUCAAAGUUUUAAAGACACAGAAACUAAGGAAGAGCUAACCAAGCAAACAGACUGCAUUAUAGACUAAAGAAAGAAACCCUCAACAAAAAUAACAACAGCAGCAGAUGGACUGACUGGCACAACAGACACAUAUCAACUCUCUGACGACCAGCCGGCGCCUCACAUAAAUGGCUGACAAGCAGAUCAGUUUGCCUGCCAAAUUGAUAAAUGGUGGGAUCGCAGGGCUGAUUGGCGUGAGCUGUGUGUUUCCCAUUGACCUGGCCAAGACCCGCCUGCAGAACCAGCAAAAUGGGUCACGACUCUACACCAGCAUGUCUGACUGUCUUAUCAAGACCAUCCGCUCAGAGGGAUACUUCGGGAUGUACAGAGGGUCUGCGGUGAACUUAACCCUGGUCACUCCAGAGAAAGCCAUCAAGCUAGCAGCAAAUGACUUCUUCAGACAAUACCUCUCCAAGGAUGGUCAGAAGCUCACCCUGGUCAAAGAGAUGCUGGCGGGGUGUGGGGCAGGUACAUGUCAGGUUAUCGUCACGACUCCUAUGGAGAUGUUGAAGAUUCAGCUUCAAGAUGCUGGGAGAAUUGAGGCCCAGAGGAAGCUGAUGCCAGAGACGGUAGUACCGGGGACCGUGCCGACCAAGUCCCCCACCGCCAUGCAACUGACCAGGGAACUGCUUAAGGAGAAGGGAAUCGCUGGGCUGUACAAGGGCCUGGGGGCCACACUGCUCAGGGAUGUUCCGUUCUCCAUCAUCUACUUCCCUCUGUUUGCCAACCUGAACGACCUGGGGAAGAGAGGAGCGGAGGGCCCCGCCCCUUUCUACGUGUCAUUCCUGGCAGGCUGUCUGGCUGGCAGCACGGCCGCUGUGGCUGUCAACCCUGUAGAUGUGAUAAAGACCAGAAUCCAGUCUAUGAACAGAGGGAGUACAGAGGAAACCUACAGUGGGGUGACUGACUGUAUCAGUAAAAUCAUGAAGAACGAGGGUCCCUCUGCGUUCCUGAAGGGGGCGUACUGCCGUGCCCUGGUCAUCGCGCCCUUAUUUGGUAUUGCCCAGGUGGUCUACUUCUUCGGGGUGGGAGAAUACAUCCUCAGCUUCCUGCCUGGCAACUGAGAACAUCAACCAAUCGGAUCUCUGCCUUUCCCUCUCUCACGACUACAUCACGCACAGCACACCGAAAGAUACUGGGAUCACCUCCUUUCUCGUCAUGAAAUAAGGUUUUGAUUGUUUGAACGACGAUCGUUGUCGUCGGCGAGUUAAAGUAUGACUACCACCAAUUUAGGAUAGUUUUUCUUUGACCCCUUUUGGCUUAAGAGCACCCCUAGAGGCAACAACGUUGUGUUUCGCCUCUUCCAUUGUCCUUGUUGUGUUGAAUGUAAUGCUAUGGUUGUGAGCACAGUAGUAAGAGUACUUAGGAGAGAGAUGUGUUGAUGGCAAAGCAACAUUCCAGUGGAAUUGAUGCCACAAAUACCAUGUUCUCAAACGAUGAUGAUUAUCUUAUUUUUUUAAAUAUAUAUUUUUGUUUUGAUAUGGGCCGUGAAUUGCAGGGUAGAUCUAUUGUCUGGGUAUAUGGUAGUUAUCUCCGUUAACCUCCAUAGUGUCAGAAUGAUCAUGCGAAUGACAACUAUUGCCUAUAAAUCACAUUUAAUAUGAAUUACUUAUCUUGUAGUAAUAUAACAAUGUUUAAAAAAAAAAGGCUGGUCCAAAUGAAAAAUCUGGAUUUGAUGCUCAAAAAAACAAAGGAUCACUUAAGACUAUUCAAUGUUAAGACUAUUCAAAGUUUACCAAGCAUGCUCAUUAAAGAAACAAAAUGCUCCAUACCUUAUUAUUGUUACCAGCUAUUACGUAGUAUACUUAAGCAGUAAGGCCCGAGGAGCUGUGGGUAUAUGGCCAAUAUACCACGACUGAGGGCUGUUCUUAGGCAACACGCAACGCAGCCCUUAGCCGUGGCCACAUACCACAAACCCCCGAGGUGCCUUAUUGCUUAUAACCUGGUUACCAACGUAGUUAGAGCAGUAAAAAUACAUGUGGUAUACGGCUGAUAUUACCACGGCUAUCAACCAAUCCGCAGUCAGAGCUCGAACCGACCAGUUUAUAAUAUGAAUUAGAGCUUAAAUGACAUCUUACAUUUCUAUUUAAACGUGUUUCAGGCCAAGACCCAUAGAAUAUCUUAAGUUGUGAACUAUAUACAAUUAUACAAUAGUAACACUCCCAUUGGAUCUAACCUGAACAGCCCAGUCAUCCCUGCCUGUGAUUGGUUGUAAUUGCCAUUCAGCCAAUCGCCUUAUAGCUUUGUGUGGACCCUAAUUGCCUUGUCCCUGGUGCUCUUUACUCUACAGGGGGCAGCGGUCUUGGUGUUAAACAUUUGGGCCAGUGAAAGUACUGAUACUAUAUCUGAAGACCAACCUAAUCUGCAAUAGAUUCUAUACAAAAAAAAACUGAAUCAAUGGUAAUUGAUGAAGCCACUUUUAAUAUUGUCCAAAUGAUUUCUAACUGUUUUUGUUGUUAUUAAUAUUUGGAAAGAUACUCCUCUUACAGCCAUUGAAACUUUAAAACGUGUAGUUUGACAUCUUUCCGGAACAAGAUAGACAAACAAUUUGAAAAUAAAUUUUCCUUAGCUUGACACUAAUUUAAUUACACAAUUUCUCAUAUGUCACAUGCUGUAACUUUUAUUUUCAUGUAUAAGUAAAAUCAAGAUUAUACCUCUGCUACCGUUCAUUCCAAUCAGACUGGUUUGGAUUUCUCCCUGACCAAUAUGGCUGACAUUUUCCAUUCUAGAACCUUGAGGGUUUAUGACAUAGUCAUUUAAUAGGAUCCCGAUGGUGUGCACAUCACAUUCUAAGAAUGAGACAAUGGGAUAAACAAUGGGACUUUGGACAGAAAUCAGCUACUUUGGCCACUUUCAACAAGUUAAGAGCCUAUGAAAUCUUCGCCUGUUUCUCUCCUAUUUAAAUAUGAAAUCAGAACAGGAAUAACUCUACCAAUCUAAAGAUGCAGCUGUUAGAGGAACCGCACCGACUGAUUUUUGUGAUCACUUUUUUAAAACAACUUACAUUUUUACCACUUUUCGAAAAGCUAGAAAAAAAAGUUAGAACGUAUGAAAUCUUCCUCUACUUCUCUACUAUUCAAAUCAGGGCAUCAGAACACUUCUACCACAAAGAUACUUGUAAAGAACUGGUGAAAGGCACACAAUUUUAAUUCAUGUAAAAUUACAAUCUAGUUGUGAUUUCAAUAGUGUACUAAAAAUUAUUAUACUAAGAUUGUGUACUAUACUACAAUAGUGUACUAACAAUUGUUUUAUUUCAGUCAUUCAUUGUACUAAAUCUAUCUUUAGCUUGAGUAUGUUUUGUUUGUUCUCUUGGCUCUUUGGGGAUUGAAGCUUCCAUGGUGUGGCUUUGUUGUAAAUGCAUUUCUUACAUCACUGAAGGCCUGCCACACAUUCAAAUCAAAUCAAGCUUUAUUUAUACAGCACAUUUCAGACAUGGAAUGCAAUGCAAUGUGCUUCACAGGGGAAAAAAAAUAAUGAAAAACAAUGAAAAUAAAAACUGAAAUAUUUACAACCCAACAAACAUAAGAUAAAAGAAUGACAAAAAAGCACACAAAGUAAAAGCUGUAUGUUUUGCAGUUGACCAAUGGCUUUACAGUAAUCAUGUCUGCUUGUCAUAAAAGCAUGGAUGAGUCUCUCUGUUUCAGCCUGAGAGAGAAACGGCCACACCUUGGCAAUGGUCCUCAGGUGGUAGAAAGUGAUCUUGUUCAGGUUCCUAUUGUGUGAUAAGAAAUUGAGUUCAGAAUCUAAAAUAACAACUCGUUUUUUUUACCUGGUGUUUUAUCUUUAUUACCGUGAGUUAAAAUGUGCGUCCAGAUUCUCUCUGUGUGCUUCGGUUCCACCAAUAAUUACUUCGGUCUUGUCUUGAUUUAGCUGCAGGAAGUUGUCAGCCGUCUAAGAGUUGAACCAACUGAAGAGCUGCAUCAGUCUGGCAAGAUCAACUCUUGGAUGGCUCACAACUGGUUCAUUCCCUAUUGGCACACUAUUCCCUACAUAGUGCACUACUUUUGACCUACAUUUGGUAAAGUGUAGUGCACUAUA